AUGAAAAAUGAACGCCAAUAUCGUCAGGUCAAAAAGUACGAUCCUCCUAUGGUUUCUUUCAAAUCUCUUCUUGUUCUCUGCUCAGCAGCAGUGGCAUUCGCCAUUCCGUUCGGUAACUCCACAGAGGAGAUUGACCGUAGGGCGACAAUUACCACCAGUAGCACCGGAACCGUUAAUGGCUACUACUACUCGCUUUGGGAGCAAGUCAACAGCGGCGUCUCCAUGAACAUUGGAACUGGCCAAUACAGUCUUACCUGGUCUUCCUCGUCGCAAGACGUCGUUGCAGGAAUCGGCUGGAACCCAGGCAGUGCUAGGACUAUCACCUACAGCGGAAGCUUCAACCCAGGAGGUAACUCAUACCUCUCGGUUUACGGCUGGACAACCAACCCGCUCGUUGAAUACUACAUUUGCGACUCCUUCGGUACCUACAACCCCAGCACGGGUCUCACCCACAAGGGAACCGUCACUUCCGAUGGUGGAACAUACGACAUCUACCAGACCACCCGUGUCAACGCACCAUCCAUCCAGGGAACUGCUACCUUUGGUCAGUUCUGGUCCGUUCGCCAAAGCAAGCGUGUCGGUGGUACCAUCACCACUGCCAACCACUUCAACGCAUGGAAGAGCCUUGGCAUGAACAUGGGUUCGUUCAACUACCAGAUCCUUGCCACUGAAGGAUACCAAAGCAGCGGUUCCUCUUCAAUCACCGUUUCUGAGGGAGGAAGCUCUUCUCCAGGAUCUUCUUCGACUGCACCCACUGUGGAGGAAUUGGCUGGACUGGAGGAACCAGCUGCCAAUCUCCAUACACAUGCCAGGUUUCCAACCCCUACUACUCUCAAUGCCUCUAAAGAAGCUUGA